GCUGAUAAACAGAGGGAGGAGCUGCAGAGAGGGAAGUGGAAGUGAUGAAGCCAGACUCCAUUUUACACUUCGACAGAGCAGGAGCAACAGGUGUUACUGGUGUAUCUGUCAGACUGGAGAAGAUGAGUGAUUCAAAAUAUGAGAAGGAGGACACAUCUUCCGUCCCCAGCUCUCUGUCUCUGAAGAGUGACGGGUCUAAAGGCACAUUUCUGGACUUCAGGGAUCAACCUGGACCCUCAGAAACAAAACGGAGAGCAGAGUCUCCAGUCCCCAGCUGUCUGUCUCUGAAGAGUGACCAGUCUACAGGCAGACUUCUGGACUUCAGGGAUCAACCUGGACCCUCAGAAACAAAAGGGAAGAGGAACAAAUCCAGAUCAAGAGCUGGAGUGCAGAGAGACAGUGAGACCAGCACUGUUCAAACAGAUAGUGGUCUGCAGGAGGUUUUAGAUGAACAUCGGAUCAGUCUGGGGAGGAGAUGUGAACAUGUGACUGAAGGAACUGAUGAAAGUGAAACCCUCCUCAACAGCAUCUUCACUGAGCUCUACAUCACACAAGGCCUGAGUGAAGAGGUUAAUACCCAACAUGAGGUGAGGCAGCUGGAGACAGCUUCCAAGAAAAAGCCCCUCCAUGAAACUCCAAUCAAGUGCCAGGACAUCUUUAAAGCCUUACCUGACCAACAGACUCUCAUCAGAGCGGUCCUGACCAACGGUAUCGCUGGAGUUGGAAAAACCUUCUCAGUGCAGAAGUUCACUCUGGACUGGGCCGAGGGUUUGGAAAACCAAGAUGUCAGUCUGGUGAUCCCGCUCUCCUUCAGGGAGAUGAACCUGAUCAAAGAUGAGCAGUACAGUCUUCUCAGGCUGCUCCAUGUUUUCCAUCCGACCUUACAGAAGGUCACAGCAGAGCAGCUGGCUGUCUGUAAAGUGCUGUUCAUCUUUGACGGCCUGGAUGAAAGCAGACUUUCUCUGGACUUCAGAAACAAUGAGGUUGUGUCUGAUGUCUCACAGCAGUCCUCAGUCAACGUGCUGCUGACAAACCUCAUCAGGGGGAAGCUGCUUCCCUCGGCUCUCGUCUGGAUAACUUCCAGACCUGCAGCAUCCAAUCAGAUCCCUCCUGAGUGUGUGGACAGGGUAACAGAAGUACGAGGCUUCACUGACGCCCAGAAGGAGGAGUACUUCAGGAGGAGAUCGAGUGAUGAAGACCGGUCCAGCAGAAUCAUCUCUCACAUCAAGAGCUCCAGGAGCCUCCACAUCAUGUGUCUGAUCCCAGUCUUCUGCUGGAUCACUGCUGCAGUUCUGGACCACAUGUUGACUACAGACCAGCUAGGACAGCUGCCCAAGACCCUCACUGACAUGUACUCACACUUCCUGCUGGUCCUGACAAAGAGGAAGAAGCAGAAGUAUGGUGAGGGACAUGAGACGAGUCCACAGCAGCUGACGAAGGCUGACAGGGAGGUUCUUCUGAAGCUGGGGAGGCUGGCGUUUGAACAUCUGGAGAAAGGAGACAUCAUGUUCUACCAAGAAGACCUGCAGCGCUGUGGUCUUGAUACCACCGAGGCCUUGGUGCACUCAGGAGUUUGUACACAGAUCUUCAAAAGAGAGAGAGUGAUCUUCCAGAAAACAGUCUACUGCUUUGUUCAUCUGAGCAUUCAGGAGUUUCUGGCUGCAGUCUACAUGCUGCACUGUUACACCAACAGGAACACAGAGGUACUGAAGGACUUCCUGCAGGGAGACUAUAGCAACAGGUAUAACAGUGAUCAGGAUUAUCCAUCCCUGGAUGUCUUCCUGGAGGGAGCCAUGGAGAAAUCCCUCAGAAGUGAAAAUGGCCACCUGGACCUGUUUGUCCGCUUUCUCCAUGGCCUCUCUCUGGAGUCCAACCAGAGACUGUUAGGAGGCCUGCUGGGCCAGCCGGGUCACACGGACAACCGUCCAGAAACCAUCCAGAGAGCCAUCAACAACCUGAAGAAGGCAAGAAAUCGUGAAAUCUCUCUUGACAGGAGCAUCAACAUCUUCCACUGUCUGACAGAGAUGAAGGACCACUCAGUCCAUCAGGAGAUCACAGAUUUACUGAAGUCAGAGAACCGAUCAGGGAUCUACUUGUCUUCUCUAGCCUACAUGCUGCAGAUGUCAGAGGAGGUUCUAGAUGAGUUGGACCACGAGAAGUACGAAACAUCAGAGGAGGGACGACGGAGACUGAUUCCAGCUUUGAGGAACUGCAGCAAGGCUGUAUUUCCUAACUGUGGAAUCUCAGACUCUGACUGUGAAGUCGUGGCCUCUGCUCUGAAGUGCGACCCCUCCCACCUGAGAAAGCUGGACCUGAGUGCCAACAAGCUGCAGGAUUCAGGAGUGGAGAUGCUGAGUUCUGGACUAAAGAGUCCAAACUGUAAACUGGAGACUCUCAGACUGAUUGGCUGCAGUUUGUCAGAGAUCAGCUGUGCUGCUCUGAUCUCAGCUCUGAAGUCCAACCCAUCCCACCUGAGAGAGCUGUACCUGAGUGACAACGAUCUGCAAGAUUCAGUGAAGCUGCUGAGUGAUCUUCUGGAGAGUCCAGACUGCAGACUGGAGGAUCUCACUCUGUGGAGCUGCAGUUUGUCAGAGAUCAGCUGUUCUACUCUGAUCUCAGCUCUGAAGUCCAACCCAUCCCAUCUGAGAUAUCUGGACCUGAGUUUCAACAAUCUGCAGGAUUCAGGAGUGGAGCUGCUGAGAGAUCUUCUGGAGGGUCCAGACUGCAAACUGGAGAGUCUCAUACUGAGGAGCUGUAGGUUGUCAGAGAUCAGCUGUUCUGCUCUGGCCUCAGCUCUGAAGUCCAACCCCUCCUAUCUGAGACAUCUGGACCUGAGUAACAACGAUCUGCAGGAUUCAGGAGUGGAGCUGCUGAGAGAUCUUCUGGAGAGUCCAGACUGCAGACUGGAGUACAAGAAUUAUUAUUGUUUUAUUCUUAUUUUUCUCUGUCACCUCUUCUCUCCAUCAGGUGACUCCAAUGUGGAACAGGAAGUGAAGACAGACAGAAAGGCUCCUGAAUCCUUCUCACCUGAACACACAACUGAGUCUUCAUACAGGUUCAGGUGUCCUGGUCCAGGUAUGUUCCAGUGUGCUUCGACUGGCCUGGUGUUCGUCAUGGCUCAGGAGGCGGAGCUUUUGUACAGGGCGGCCACUUGGGAUGAGAGCCUCCUCCAAUCAGCUGGCAAGCAGGCAGCAGGGCCGCUGUUCGAUGUGAAGAGUUCUGAUGAAGCUGCCGUCUGCCAGCUCCACCUGCCACACAGCGAGACAGAGGAUGCGCUGCUCCUGGACGGCCUGUUGUCUGUCGUCCACAUCACUGAUGAAGGCCUGAGCAUCUUGGAGCCGCUGGAGGUCACACACACUCAUGUGGUGGUGAAGGUGCUUCACCUCUCUUCCUUUGGCCUUAUCAUCGAUACAUUGAAAAGGCUUCUAAAGUGGCGAAUAAAGGGCCAAAUUCUGCUGUUCCUACGACCCCCGGGCCGAGAGGAACAAAUACUGGAUGUAUUUCUGCUGCAGAACAACGUCCUUGAGGAGGAGGUUGUUAAAAAACACAGACGUGCUGUGAACAUCCCAAUCUCCUCCGACUGUGAGCUGGACAUUGAUCACAGUUACAGUGUGCACUGUGAACCUGAGGGCUUCUUCAUUCAGCCUGAGAGUAAAACAUUUGAUUCCAGGUUUGGACCAAACUACCACCCGACAUUUCAAGUUUCCCUGACGACGAGCACAGAGAGAGUGGUUUUGAAGGUCAAGGACCAAGGUGGAAACGUAGUCUGGUAUUAUCGCGUGUCACUGGAAGUUCCAAGGCGUGAAUUGUCCCGGAGAAAUGUCCGAGCAGAGAGCAGCGUCCCAGCAGAGAGCAGAGUCCCAUCAGAGAGCAGAGUCUCAGCAGAGAGCAGAGUCCCAGCAGAGAGCAGAGUCCCAGCAGACCAGAGGCUGCGCUCAGUUCGGACAGAGUUCAUUCAAAGAGUGACUCCAACUGUCCUGAUCGACCUUCUGGAUAAACUCUUUGAGUCUGAAGUGAUCAGUGAAUCUGAAAUGACGUCGGCCAGAACCAAACCCCAAAAUGACGGAGCACGAGAGGUGGUGGACGCGGUGCGGAGAAAAGGAGCUGCAGCCAGCAGGGUUCUGAUCAAUGCUCUCCGUGAGCUGGACCCGUAUCUUUACGAAGAGCUCAAUUUGAGCUGAGGCAAAACCUUGUGGAGUGUGUGUGACAGUUGAAGUCCUAGUCCUCUGUUUUGUUACCUGAGAUACUCAUACGUUACUUCAGUAUUGCAAUUGUAUGGUACUUUGUACUUCUACUGCACUACAUGUAUGUAAUACUUUUAGUUACUUUACAGAUUUGGAUGAAUGAUGUGAAAUAUAAUCAAGUGUUAA